AUGCAGUUCUCCACCAUCAUUGCCCUUCUGGUUUCCGUCACGGCCGUCCACAGCGCUGCCGUCGCGGAGCCCGAUGCCCGCGCCGUCAUUAAGCUCCUGAAGCGCCAGGGUCUCUCGCCCGCCGAGUGCGCCGCGAACGGUUUGCCCCACUGCAAUUCCAGGAACGAACCUUGCCCCAUUGGCUGCUUCUGCCCUUGUGUCAUCUUCGGAUUACCCCAGGUGAUUUGUCGGCCUCUUCCCAAACAUACUAAUUGUAUCUAUAGCGGAGGAAACUUGCCCGAUGGAGGCUGCUGUGCUGGAAGUUGCUAG